AUGUUCACAGCCUUCUUGUCUAUCCUUGCCCUCAGCACGGCAUUAGGGGCAGCAUGCAACGGUGGGGAGCAGAACACAACAUGUGUGCUAGAUACCGAUCCACUACAACAGCCCUUCCCCUUCUUCUUUCCAACGCAAGAUGCAGCAAAUACCUCUGCCUUGUUUCAGAUGCCGAAAUGUCGAGGAGUCACGCUCGAAGAGGCCACUAUCGACCAACUCCAAGGGUACCUAGGUGACGGAACCAUCACAUCUGUGGAUCUCCUUAGAUGCUACCUCGAUAGAGUACACCAAGUUGACAAAUACAUCAAUUCGAUCAUGGAACUUAAUCCAGAUGCCGAGAAGAUAGCUAUUGCACUUGACGCUGAGCGUGCUGCUGGUCAUGUACGAGGCCCACUACAUGGUAUACCGUACAUUGUCAAAGACAACAUUGCGACCAAAGACCGGAUGGAGACUACCGCAGGAAGCUGGAUGCUAAUAGGAAGCGUGGUACCUCGAGACGCACAUGUUGUUGCAAAGUUACGGGAAGCAGGUGCUCUUCUCAUGGGUAAAGCAACCAUGUCUGAAUGGGCUGAUAUGCGAUCGAACAACUAUUCAGAAGGGUACUCUGCAAGGGGUGGCCAGGCCAGGAGUCCAUAUAAUCUAACCGUCAAUCCUGGAGGAAGUAGCACCGAAACCGACGGCAGCAUCAUCAACCCCGCAGAACGCAACGCUUUAGUCGGCAUCAAACCUACCGUAGGCCUUACCUCCCGCGCUGGCGUAAUCCCAGAAAGCAUCCACCAAGACACCAUCGGCACCUUCGCCCGCACCGUCCACGACGCCGCCUACGCCCUCGACGCAAUCUACGGCAUCGACCCCAACGACAACUACACCUCCGCCCAGCACGGCAAAACCCCGCAAGCCGGCUACACCUCCUUUCUCUCCAACGCCUCGGCCCUCAAAACCGCCACCUUUGGCCUCCCCUGGCAUACCUUCUGGACACACACCCCACCCCCUCAACAAUCCCACCUCCUCUCCCUCCUCGCCCUCCUCCAAUCCUCCGGCGCCACCGUCUUCAACGAAACCGAACUCCCACACCACGCCACCAUCAUCUCCCCCGACGGCUGGAACUGGGACUACGGCUCCACCCGCGGCUACCCCAACGAAUCCGAAUACACAGUCGUCAAAACAGAUUUCUACAACAACAUCCGCGCCUACCUCUCCUCUCUCGAAAACACGUCCAUCCGCUCCCUGGAAGACAUAGUCGCGUACAACUACGCCAACGACGGUACCGAGGGCGGCAAUCCCUGGCCCGGCGGUAUACCCGCCUUUUACUCUGGCCAAGACGGCUUUCUCGCCUCCCUCGAAACAAGAGGUCUCAUGGACGAAACGUACUUCCAGGCUCUGUCAUUUAUACAAAGAACAACGCGUGAGGAAGGAAUUGAUGCCGCUCUCGUGCACAACGGACGCAGAAUCGAUGCCCUGCUCGUGCCGCCGGAUGUAGGCCAGACGUACCAGGUUGCGGCCCAGGCCGGGUAUCCCAUGGUUACGGUGCCGGCGGGGGUGGGCGAGGAGACGGGAAUGCCGUUUGGAUUGGGGAUUAUGGCGAGUGCGUGGGGGGAAGGGGAUUUGUUGCGGUGGGCGAGUGCGAUUGAGGAUCUUUUGAGGGGGGAGCAAGGGAGGCCGGAUAUGCGGAGGUCGAUGCCGAGGUGGUUUGGGUAUCUGGAGAGGAAUAUUCCGGUUAGGAAUUUGUAG